AUGUCAACAGUAACCUUUAACGUUGGAGGCACUAAAUUUGAAAUAAAAAAAGAACUUGCUAAAUCUUUUCCAGAUAGUAAAUUGGCAAAACUAGUAUCCAGCACAUCGUCAAAAAAAGAAUUGUUUAUUGAUCAUAACCCUUUGGCGUUUGGUGUUAUACUUGAUUAUCUUCGUUAUGGCAAACUGUGCGUACCUAGAAAUGUUGCUCGAGAAGUUGUAGUGUUACAAAUGGGAGAUCUUGGAAUACCAUAUCAAAGCGAUAAUACAUUGGAAGAUGAUGCUGAGGAUACGUUACCUUCUUACGAAUCAGCUUUAAGUGGAUAUUCGACCGUUUACCAAAAUAAAGAUUCAUCGUUGAAAGACACUGUUAUUUUAGUUGCUCUUAGAAGAAUGAACACUUUAUGCUCUGAUGUUAUUAUACCAUUUUUAAAACGUCAUGCUAAGCGUGGACAUCAUCAAGUAACAUUUUAUUUAUCACCUAAUUCGUUAACUCCAAAAAAUAUUACCACAGAACUUGAUCACAUCAAUGACCCACACGAAUGGAUUUAUUUGCCAUCAUCACCCGAUUCCAAUUCUCUUGACUUCAACAAAAAAUCAGAAAUGGACGAUGAAGAAGAUUUACCAGAUCUUAAAUUUCUGUUGCAAAAAGAUAAUUUAGCAAAAUUGGAAAACUUUAUCCUUUCUAAAUCAGGCGUUAAAAAAAUUGUAGCAAAAGAAGUUGAAGUUAGUUGUAGAACAGAAAAUGAGUUUGGUUUGUUAUUUUCAAAGUAUUUUGAAAUAGUAGAAAUUCAUGCUAAUAAACAAUAUGAUAAUGAACUAAAUGCACUUACUAAUUCUCCGGAUUGGACAAAAGCAGGUUAUACCGGUUCUUUAGCCAAUGUAGUUAAUGAAGCAGUUAAAAACUAUCAGUUAGUAGCAUCUUAUAAAAGAAGUAUAUAG